AUGCCGGCUCCACUCGGCAAGCCAGUCCUUCGUGCCCGCGACUUGUCCUUCAGGUCGGUGUGGAAAGAGUUGAAGGCAAAUGGAUGGACGUCUAAAAAGGCCCCAUCGCGCAGCCUUGAUAAUCGGUAUCGCUACAUCCGCCCAGGCGCGGACCCGAACGGAACGGAAGGCGUUGACUUCUUUCUAGGGCCUGAUGCUGUGCUCGACUUCUAUAUACAAGCUGUGAAAGUUACGUCGACGGCACCAGAGACUGGCGGGGUUAAUGAAAGAGAGCGCGAUGCGGAUGCUGCAACCCAACCUCCUGCUACGAGCGACGCGGAUGAAGAGAGACACGGUGUCCCUACCACUCCCCAGCGCCUUCCAAGUCCCAAACGGAUCGGUGCGGCAGAGACUGCUUCAAGCACGCCUGUGCCUGAUUCCCCACGCACGACUUCAAGUCGAGAGCGUCAUCAGCAGCAGAGGAGUCCGGGAUCACGACCGCCGUCGUCACGACGACUACUCAUUGCUACAUCUCCGCACACCGCCAGUAGUGCGUGCGACGACACAGGAGAUGAUCUAGCUGCUGAUGGAGACGAGAGCAUCGACUGGACCGGAGAUUCUGAUGAAGAUGAUGAUGCCCAAGAAGGACCUGAAGCGGACGUCAUGCUGGAUAAAGACGACGACUUGAAUUACACGGCACCUGAUGAAAACGCGGCACAGUAUGGUGCGAUGGAUUCCGGUGAUGAAGCUGCUCUUGAUGAUCUUGAUACUGGAGAAGAUGGAGAAAUUAUCCCGGACGUUCUGGAUGUUGAUGAAGAUACAUACGCACCUGAAGCGACGGAGUUAGAGAUAGCCAAUGAGAUUCAAUUUGCCGAGCAAUUUUUGGAGAACAUUGGCAGUGAAGAAGCCGUGCUGGCGGGAAACCUCCAGGACACGCUCUUGCGUGAGAUGUCUACAAGUGGGUGGGAAGACAUUGAGCAACCAUCUACUUACAACUACAUGCAGUCACCGUACGAGCCAGUCGACAACAAGUCCAGCUAUCCUGGAUUGCGUCAGGGCUAUUCAGGUGCGAGUCCUGAUGCGCUCCGUUGUGGUGAUUCUCCGAUAGCGCUAUUCUUUCACUUCAUGCCUGUGCCACUUUGGCAGCACAUUGCUGUCUGCUCCAAUGAAUACCGCAACGAGAUGGUUCCCCAGUGUGUUGAAGAGGCUCAAAAGCGCUACAAGAAAAAGAGAAGAGCUAACCCAUCCCUACCGAUGAAAACCAGACGUGAAAUUCAACACGAGCUAGAAACGGAGAAGGCUAUCCUACCACAAUAG